AUGGUAGUCAUACAGCUAUUGCUGUUUUUAUUCACGUGUGUUCCGGUUAGAUCCGAGAAUGUCCUCAAAGGAAGGAUAAACGGCAUCGUGUUGGACGUUGACGGUACAAACAGCGCCAACGUCGCGGUGGAAGAAGGCACUUUGUACGGAGUUACCUUCAAAUCCUUCUUCAUGAGAGACAACCACUUCUUCACCAGCGUCGUAGAAGGUGGAGCUACUCUCUGGAAAGCUGGCGCUGAGGGAAAAUGCACCGCCGUAAAUAUCUUCAAGAGGGAGGGGCACACUCCUCUUCUCACCCUUUACAACAAGGGCCUAGGUCUUUCCUGCUUCGAGAAGGAAGCUGGCGAAUGGAAGGCCAUAGGGGCCGAGGAGUUUGACCUCAAGCAUGCCGGAAUGAGGGCCGGCUCCAGAGCCCUCCCCAAGUCUCCAGUUUUGGACAUUGGAAACAUUGACGACAAGAUUGCCAGCAACUAUGAGAAUCUCUUGGGAGGUGCUCUUCAAAAGUCCUUCCUUCCUCUGGAGUCCUUCUUCAGCAAGGUCGUUGACGGCAAGGAGACCGUCUGGGAUGGUUCCGGAGACAAGGAAUGCUCCAUGGCUCUUUACAAGUCCAGGAAUGGAGUAGCCAGCUUCACCUUGCAAGUUGUCGGCAAGGGAAGCAAGGCAGAGUUUAGGUAUUUCAAGAAUGAAGGCUCCGGAUGGGUAGUCAUUAAUGCAAAGGAGGCCAAGGUGCUCGACGAGGAGAUCAUGGGAGUGGCCAAACAGAAAGCCAAGGAGCCUGUCACUCUGGAUCUUUCAUCAGUCAACACUCAGGACAUUUUCGUGGACCAGGAGGCGCUCAACGAUGUUGAGGAUACCCUGUACCUGCCAAGAAACGGAAAAGCCAUAACAAAAAUUGUGGAUGCUGAGGUGGCAAUAUGGAACUCAGAGUCUGGACAAAUCUGCACUGCUGCCUUUUACAGUUACAAGGAUGAUGUAGUUGUGCUGGAACUGCAUGUAAGGAGCGAUACGGGCUACAGCUUUAGACACUUUGGCAAACUGGGCGGAGAAUGGCAGAGCAUUGAAAGGGAAGAAUAUAACAGACUCUACGACGAGAUACUCGGCAACGAAGACGAGAUCGACGACCUUUCUGAUGAGGCUAUUGAGGAAGUCUUGAAGGAAUAUGAGAUCAUAAAGAGCGCCCCUGGCAAGGUCCUCAACGUCAUCGAUCCAAACGAGACCGAAUUUGAGGUACUGGAGCACAAGUACAAGAAUGCCUCCUACCAUUCGUACACUCCCAAGGACGACUCCUACAUUUCCUCAGUCCUUUACGGUUCUGAAACCAUGUGGACUGCCAAGGAAGGAGACAAGUGCACAUCCAUUGUAGCCUAUGUGACGUCUGAUCAUGUACUGGUAAAGCUGGAAAUGACAAACGACUCCAAGUCCACGUACUACGAGAAUGUGAGCGGUGAAUGGAAGGUCAUUGAUGGAAGUAACUUUUCCAAGAAGGCGACUGCCAUGAUGAGUACUGAUGGACUCUCAUAUCUGCUCAACCUGGACCUUGCUACUCCAGAUCUCGAGAACAUUGUCGUUUACGAGGCUAGCGACAGGGGAUUCGACUACACAAAGUUCUACCCCGUUUCCUCCUCAUUCAUCUCCUCCAUCUCAGACUCUGAUAUUCCUGUCUGGAAGGCUUCCUCUGGGUCUGAAUGCACUGUUGUCGAGUCAUUCUCGAACUGGGUCUCCAAUAUCCUCUACAUUAGCGUCUUUAAGUCUGGAUAUGUCCAGCACCAGUACUUUGAAAAGGUAGACGGGGAAUGGAUCAUAAUCAUGGAGGACAGAUUCAAGUCUCUGCUGAGCAUGAUGAAGAACUUGCCAGAGAACUUUGCUACGCUCGAUCUCUCGGUUGGGGAUAGCAAUGUGAUUGUCGAGGAGGACGACCACAGGGGGGUCCAUAACACCAACUACUACCCAGUCCAGGAGUCGCAUGUUUUCUCUGUCGUUGAGGAUGACGUAAACGUUUGGACAGCCAAUAACUACAAUGACAAAUGCACCCUCGUGGAAGUCUACAGGAAGGAUUAUUCCAACGUCCUCAUUUUGCAUCUCAUGCUGGGCGGUAGCAGGACCUUCAAGUACUUUAUAAAGGGCGUCGGCUGGAACGAGAUUUCCAAGGACGCAUUCUUCUACAAGCUCAACACCAUGAUGAGUGAGGAGUCCCUACCUCCAACUUCUCCAGAUUCCGUGCUGGACAUAUUCAACGGCUCUAACGAGGAGGGAGCGAUUUACUACGAAUCCACUGAUAAGGGCGUGACUUACAAGGCGUACUUUCCGAAAUACGGCAUCAAGAUCGCCGAGGUUGUUGACCUAUUCGUGGAGUUGUGGAAGGCUGGACCCGGUGAUGAAUGCGCUCUUGUAGAAUCUUACAGCAAGAAUGGCGUUUGCCUACUAUCCAUCUACUUUAGAAACGGCGGAAACACCCUCUCCAAGCACUAUGAGUACUCUGGAGGAGAGUGGAUCGAGCUCUCAGAGGACGCCUACAAUGAGUUGCACAAGAGGACCAUUGUCCCGGACAAGCCUAAACAGAGCGUUUCUCUCGACAUUGAGUACCCAGACCCCUCUACAAUCAAUGCAUUCGUCAACGACUACAAGGACUAUCAACACACCUGCGGCACCUAUUCUCCCAAAGAGGGUGUUUUAGUUUCCUCAGUUGUAGACAAUGGAGCUCCCAUAUGGACUGCUGAGGAAGGAGAGAGGUGCGCCUUUGUGGCAGUUUACUACGGAAGUGGAAUUACCAUUGCCCACGUAAGUGUCAACAAGGGCAGCGAGUUUAUUCCCGUACACUUUCAGAAGAUGAAUAAUGGCAAGUGGACAGAGGUGAACGAGUCCUACUUUUCCGAGAUGCUAAGGGUGAUACUCAAGGCCGGAAGAUUUACCCUUGACAUUUCUGAUCCCGACAAGAAGAAAGUUGAGGUUUACGACCACGACAUCAAGGGAGUCAAGCACAGGACCUUUUUCCCAAACAGAGCUCUUGAGUUGACUAAAGUUACCGAGGCUGGAGUCCACGUUUGGACCGGAGCUGAUGGAGACAAGUGCACAGCUGCCACUCUCUCCACCAAGGAUACUCGCGCUGUAAUGUUGUUGCAUGUCAAGAAUGGCGAUUCAUUCGAGUUUAAAUAUGUUGGUAAGGGUGAUGGAAAAUGGAAUGAGCUCGAUAGGGACGCCUUUUACGAUGCCCUAAAGGACAUGAUGGAGAACUCUGGCAAACUCCCAACAUCUCAUACCGCUCUCAAUCUCGCCAAGCCAAACGAGAACAAGUUUGUUCUCGAGUCCAAGGGAAAGAGUGGCAUCUCCUACGUCUCCAUUAAGCCGAAAAAUGGCGUUGCCGUCUCUUCCGUUUCCUACGCCAAAACGAUGCUCUGGAAGGGCCAGCCAGGCGAUAAAUGCACAGGUGCAAGGGUCUACACCACUCCAUACUAUCCUCUAAUCUCCAUUCGCGUGAGAACAUCGGGCGUGAGUAAAUCCCUCCGUUUUGUGAGGAGCUCUGGGAAGUGGAAUAAUGUGACCAAGAAGACCUUUAGAAAGAGACUGAGUGAACUCGUAGACUUUGACGAACAAGAAACUCUUGAUGCAUCGACUACCGACUCGUUCGACGCUGCAAGUUUAGAAGUCGAGUUUCCGCCAGAGCCAAUUGUGCUGGACCUCACCAAUCCUGACAAGUCAAAGCUCAAGUUCUUUGAGGACAGAAAGGACGGCAUUGAGGAGAUCGACUACUACCCGAAUGAAGGCUUCUACGUGACGACCAUUCUGGAGGAUAACGCCACCAUCUGGAAGAGAGAGGGGAACCAGACAUCUACCCUAGUGGAGACCUUUGCGAGGGGAGACGUCACACUCAUGGUCGUGCAUGUUCUGCAAGACGAGAGAUUUGGGGUCAAGUACUUUUCAAAAUCCGCCAGAGGCUGGGAAGAGAUCGCCGGCGACGUAUUCUCCAAGGAGUACAACAACAUGAAGAGCCUCAGCCGCAAAUCAUUCACUCCAUUUGGCUCAAUUUUGGACCUCGACAACCCAGACAGCGUCAUUGCCACUGUUGACGAGGUUUUUGUCAACGGCAUACAGCAUGCCAGGUACAACAUUAAGGACGGCGUUGACCUGGUAUCAGUCGCUGAUGCUGGAGCCACCAUCUGGGAGGCCAAGAAUGGCGAGGAGUGCGUUUCAGUGGAGGUCUUUUCUGAUGCCUACUUUGACCUUGUAUCCCUGAGGAUCAAAAGUGGCGACAAGUACUCCUCACUCUACUUUGAGCGCGACGGCAAGGUCUGGAGGAGCAUGAGUCAGGACAAGUUUGACGAGAUAAUAGCCGUAAUGCACGGCAUGCCAGAGCUUACGGUCCUCAAUCUCUCCAGAGUUGAUGAAAUGAGCUUUGAGAUCGACCGGGAAGAAGAGAAUGGAGUCAAGCAGGUGCUCUACACUCCAAAGGAUGACGUUGAUGUCGUCUCUAUUGUGGAUGAAAAUGCAGCGAUAUGGAGGGCUAAGGAACAUUUUAGCCUAAAGAGCGCUACACUCGUUUCAAACGGCCAAGAUACCAUCCUCCAUGUCUGCAGCAAUGUGGAGGAUCUCUCCAACUUUGAAUACUUUGAGAAGAAUGGUGAUGAGUGGAGAUGGAUAGAAAGUGACGAGUUCGAGAAGAUAAUGGAGAGAAUGACGACAAGUAAUGCCCAAAAAUCGGCUGAUGCAGAAACUCACCAAAACCUCGGCAAGAAGGACAAACCGGUGGAUGAAUCCAUACAUGCCAUUCUCGACGAAGUCUCCACAUUCUUCAAAAAGUACAUUCAAAAGAUAAAUGACGAUGUUUCAAAAAUGAAAAAGUGA